AGUGAGUUUUUAGGAGGGGGAAAUGGAGGAGGGAGCGAGAAUCGCUCCGAUCGUUUUGGAGCAGCUUGCGCUGCGAGGAUGCCCGCUUGCCAGCGCUCGCUGCGAUCGCCCCAGGUCAGAUUUCUCCGAUAGGGUUUAGGUUUCUUUCCCGAGAGCGGUGAAUGCAGCGGGCGAAAUGAGUCGGUCGCGUGUAAAGGAAGAAAUUUUGUACAUAUAGCCUGUGUGCUGCCGCCGCUCGAAUUGUGAUGGAUCUGUUUUAGAGCAUCCCGAUCUAAGUCACUGUCCCUUUUCUUCACUGCCUCUGCGCGUUUUUUUUUUUUUUCUCUUCUUUUUUUCUGCUUGCUCUUUUGUAUAGCCCGUGUGUGUGUUCUCUUCUUUGUUUUUUGUUUUUCGGUCUUUGUAAGUACCACCAAGUGCAUGCGCCUGCGUUUUAUGUGGAAGGGUGUCAUACGCACUUUAUCAACACCAAGAAAUUGCGUUUAUAGUUGACUAGCAUUUAGCUAGAAGGAUGAAACGCUACACUAGGGAGUUUCUUCUGUCCUUUGCGGACAGUGAGAAUUGCCGGCGACCACCGAAUGAUCUCGAUCCAGCAGUGAGAAGAGACUCCCCCUCACCCGACUUAGUGGACAGUGGGGUUUCUCCUGGAACCAAGUUCUUACACCGUCGAGAUCGUGACUUUGGUCACGAUGUUCCUGAGUGGCGAAAUAGGAACUCUGGGAAUGGAGGGGGGCUUCUUUCUCAGGGUCCGGCUAGGAGGAAAGCUUAUGACGAGGAAGGAUCUUCUUUUUCAAGUCCGUUUCGUACUAGUGCUAGUCGACAAGGACCGGGUCAGACUAGGUGGGAUCAUCGUAGCUCUAUUGAUCGGGAGAGGGAGAGGGGUGGGCGACACUGGGAUGGAGCUGCCUCUGAGCACGAUGGUUUACUUGGAAGUGGUGGCGGUCUACGUGGGGCUUAUCCUGGAGGUUCCGACCGCUUCGUUGGAGGUGGCAGAGGGUCUCGGAACAAUGCCAAUGAUACGCGUCCCAACAAAUUUUCUGGUGGAUAUCGGAAUGAUCUAGACGCUAUUGAUGGUGAAACUUUCGGAGAGAAAAUUUCUACUGAGGAUAGAGAAGAGGAAGAGCGCAAAAGACGAGAGUCGUUCGAGUCGAUGCGAAAGGAGCAACAACAGGAGAGGAAACGUCAGGAGGAAAAGAAACGUGACGACGAUACUAAAGUACUACCAGUAGAGCAGAAUGCGAAACAAGGAUCGCGGCCUUUGGUACCUCCUGGCUUUAGUAAAAAGACGAGCGCCAGAAAGGAGCAGAACAACGAAGAGACUAAAGAAGAAAAGGCUAUCGGUGGCGACGUUAUACCGCUUCAGCAAUCAUCUGGUGCUGUCGAUCCACUCGCAAUUGCCAUCUCGUUAACGGAAGCCGAAUCCUUCGCGCUUACUAAUGAUUCUGGCAAUGGAAAAAUCUCAAACAGCACUGGUGCCGUGACAGUUCCUUCCUCCAGCCCCCAGGUGACUGAGAAAGUGGAUGCGCGCCUAACCAGGACGUCAUCGAAGUUUGCUCAUCUGUUCAGCUUUGAAGAUGAUAACUCUACCAUGGAAUUCCUGUCCUUGUUUGGUUCUGCUGGGAGUACAUCAAAAGAUGGUGGCCAGAGUCCACGGUCUCCUGCUCUUAAAAGCUCCGGGAUGAAACCAUCGUCUGAGGUUGUUCAGCACGGGCUGAUCCUACCCAUGCCAGUCGGCCCGUCACUUGAGGACAUCGAGAAAGGUUUCGACAAUGGUGCGGGUUCGGAUCACCAUGGAAGCUCCAGCACGUUCCUUACAUGUGAGGAUAUAGAGCAAUCACUACUGGCCGAGGCAAAAACUGAAACGCACAAUGAGCAAUUGAACGACAACUGGGGACAUUCGGUUGCGAAAGAAGCGGAUACGGAUGCUUCGCGACAUUUACUGUCUCUACUGCAAAAGGCAUCCUUGAAGCCCGACAACGAACACAAGGCACCUCCAGUGGAAGCUAAACCGUGUGAUGGACAGCGUGAAGCCAGGGAUGGAAAAGAGUCUGGUGCCGCAACGCUAGAAGCACUGUUUGGCAUGUCGUUUAUGAUGGAACUCCGGUCGACUGAUGCGCCGCUUUCCGCAAAGGUGGCGAGCGAGACGAACAAUCAUCUUUUGCCGAAGAACGCUGCCACAGUUCCUGAAAAAUCGAACGCUGCGUCAGAGGUACUGGAUGGGAUGUACAUGAACACCAACAGUCAUCACCCGAGCUGGCCAACCUGGAACAAGCAGCCAGAAGUGCCGGAGAAGAGCUCCGGAAACUCUCAGCACGUCAUCGCCGACACUUCGCCGGGACAGGAGCUCCGGAAACAGCCUUCGGAGGAGCUUGACAGUGGCGUCUUCAACGAUUUCCUCAAGUUCAAGAAGGCCAUGAAGCAGCGCAGCAGCAAGGCAAACGAUCCUUUCCUCGGGGUGGCGAAGGACAGUGGCUCCCAGGAAAACUCGUCCAACGAACGGCCAGAGAACCCGCUUGACACGUCCAGCAACGGAGGAGGAAGCCCAGCAGUGACUACUCCAGCAAACCUCUACAGGUCGCACUCUCCUCCGCUGAUCAACCAGAAGUCGUCCGCGCUGCAGCUCCAGCAGCUCCAGCAGGCCUUGGCGUCGCAAGGCUCGAGAGCAUCGAUCCAGGCAAAGCAGCAAGCGAACGGCGAAGCGAGUGCCGGAUACUCCCGAGCGGCGAGACCAUCAUUCUCUCGACAACAGCAGCAGGCACUGUUUGAGCAGCAGCAGCAGCAGCUUCACGCUCAUCACUUCCACCAGGGAGGAGGCUUUGCUCCGCCACCAUCGUCGGCCGCCGCUUUCGGCCACCAUGAUCUUCACCACCACCUCUUGUACAGUUCCAAGCAGCAGCAGCGGCCUCACAGCUUCUUCCCUCCAAAUGGCUCCAACCAGCAGCCGCCACUCCCCCCGCUGGCCAGCUUGCAUCUUCCACCGGGUCACAGCGCUCCGCCAAUGAGUUUCGGACAUCCUCCUCCUCUCGCGACGCCUGGCGCCUUCCUCGGCUUUCCACCUCCCAACGAUGCUGGCUUUCUCGUCGCGGGAGAAAUCGCCGCCGCCGCUGGUGGUGGUGGCGGUGGUGCUGGUGCUGGAUUGGAUGCGCGAUGGAUUCCUGGCAGAGAUCAUCCCAUCGGUUUAUACCAUCACCACCAUCAGCAGCAGCAUCACCAGCAAUCGCAGUUUGGUGCGCACGAGAUCGGCUUCCCGUAGAGAGUUUGUAUCGUUUGUGGAUGGAUUGUUUUGGUGUAAGCUCGUUGGAAAACUCAAGAUCAAGAUGGUCAUUCUAUGAUCUCUUUGUGUU